AAAAAUAUAUCGCUAUUGAUAAAUGGGGUCUGCUUCGGUCAGAUUUUGAAAAAUCACUUAAAUUAAAAGAACAAUGUUUUAAAUUUAUAUCCGUGUACUUAUUAUCGACCAAAAAUGGGGACUGUGCAUGCUAAAGUACAAGAAAAUUUAACCGAAGCACAUUAUCCAACUAAUACUGCCAGAGAACUUCCUGAUAAAGAGCAAAUGAAAGAACUUGAUUUAAAAGGAGUCAGGGCAAGAGUAGACAAAGUACACAUCGAUGGGCUGUCAAGAACAAAAAACGAUAUUAUACAAGAUUCCAUACAGGAUCUAUUCAAAGCUAGAGAUUUUUGGGAAGUACUUUUAAAAGCUUAUACGGUGCGGGUUAAAUUGGAUGAACUUGGUUGUUUUAAGAAUAUCGCAGUGUACAUAGACACCAGUAAAGGACCCAAAGCUACUCCUGAUGGACUAGAAGUAACCUUCAACGUAAAAGAGCACAAACGGAUACUAGGAGGCGUAAGUACUCACGUGGGAAACAACGAAGGCGUCUUGCAGAUCGGCGUGAGGGCACCGAAUAUAUUCGGCAGAGGCGAGAAGGUGCAAGUCGAGUACAGCCAUGGUUCGAAAAAAACCAGUAACUUUAACGUGGCAUUUAUUAAACCAUUCAGGGGUAAACACCGAACAAUGCUGAACACGAGCAUCUUCCAAUCGAACACUGAAUAUCCACCCUCUGCGUACAAAUUGAUGGAAAAAGGACUUACACUAGGAUUAGGAUUUUAUUCGUGGCCAUUACUUAAGCAUACUCUUCAAUGGGAAGGCACCAUCAGGGAUCUUAGUGUGCUGAGUCGCAACGCCUCGUUUGAUGUUAGAAAGGAAUCGGGUUUGAGUUUGAAAUCGUCCUUGAAGCACAUCCUUGCUUUAGAUUUGAGAGAUGAAACUAUAUUCCCAACCACCGGUUCUUUAGUACAACUCACGUCCGAGUAUGCGGGAGUAGGCGGAGAUGUAGGGUUUUUAAAAAAUGAUGUUUUCGUCCAAACAAAUUACUCCAUUUUACCAGAUAUUGUACUUCAAGGUAGUUUGACAAUGGGAUACAUGAAGAGUAUAAACAAAGAUCUAAAAAUUAGUCUAGCUGAUAUGUAUUUCCUCGGUGGCCCUCUGUCUGUUAGAGGAUUUCAAAUGCGAGGUAUUGGCCCACAUUCUGAUGGAGACGCUCUGGGUUCGAAUGUUUAUUGGGCCGGAGGACUCCAUUUAUUCACACCGUUACCUUUUAGACCUGGCAAAGGAGGGUUUGGCGACUUGUUCAGAACACACUUUUUUGUUAACACCGGAAACGUUGGAAAUAUCGAAGUGAAAUCGGGUCAGAGUAUUUUGGAACUAAUGAGAAACAACGUUAGAUUGUCUUAUGGAUUGGGAAUAGCUUUGAGACUCGGCAAUAUGGCACGAUUAGAAAUUAAUUAUUGUUUUCCUUACGUUCACGAUAAAAGCGACCAGACGCACCCGGGCGUACAAUUCGGCGUUGGAGUCCAAUUUUUAUAGCCUUCAUCUUGUGAAAUAUGGACGAAAUGAAGUAUUAGUCGCAGUGUACAAUUUUUAUCAAAUCAAAUCAAAUGUGAAUGUACGAUAGAGAAUUGUUAUUUAUUAAAACUGUUGCCUUAA